UUAUGACACGUUAAGCCAAAAUGCAUCCACACUGUAGGCACACCUAGCAACCCAGCAUUGUUUGAGAACAGGAAGCACUGCAGACCUUAUCCAUAUAAAAUCAGAAGGACAUUUCAGGGACCAAGAACAAAGCUGAAGCAGAAAUCCCAAAGCAGAGAGCCAGAAAGCAGAAAGUGCAGUCAAUCAGAAAAACAUUUGCUUCCUCACGGGUAGUUUGGAGUGGAGACUGCACCACCACCAUCAAACUUUGUCCCUGAUGUAAUUCAGACCAAGAGCCCAGAACAGAAAACACAAAUCAUUUCACCUCCGCCUCUUCCACCAUCUCUUAGAAUGGAAACAAAAUUGAAAACCUGUUGACACAGAAUCCUGCAGCACUAAGGACAAAGCAGCCGUUCUGGAGAAGCUCACUUGGGCAUAAAGCCUGGAGAGGUUGUGACAGAAUGUCUUCUGAAGGCUUUCUGAAGGAAGUUCAAGCCAUUGCUGAGAAGUUUCUCCUUAAGCUCCAGAAACUGCCCAAGGCUGAGCCAGUGGAGAUUGUCAGCUUUUCUGUGGUUCUUCUGUUUAUUGUUACUGUGCUGGUGCUCACGAUCAUUGCCUGCAGUUGCUGCUGCUACAGCUGCUGUGGCUGUGAUGGACGCCCUGAUCCCAGACGCAAGAGCCAAGUCAGCCCAGCUGCCCAUUUAUGAAGUGACACAAGGACAUGCUAUCGAGGACAUGCAUGGACAUCAUGAUUCAGUGCUAUGGGAAUGACUUUCCACACUAGCCCACUGAAAAUGGCAAUAAGAGUAUUAAUUAACAUGACUCAAAGGACCAGAAAUCACAGCGUGGAAUUCCGUCUCUCUGUGACAGCCACUGCUGUGACCAGAAAGGUAAAGCUCCUUUGCCAUCACUGUGUCCUUCUUCUGGGCCGGGAUGGGGUGGGAGGACAUGGACACAGAUUGCUGAGAAAAGAGAGAGCUUUCCCAAAGCCAGCCCUGCAGCUGGGCCAGCUGAGGAUCCCCCCUGGGAUACGGAGCCACGGAGCAAAGCAGAGGCCACACACACAGCCACACACGAGGCACUGCCUGCUCUCCUCACCAGAAGGAUGGUACUGGGCAUUAGCAAAACCCACUGACACCACUCUGAGGUCCAGUUGCUCAGGUCAUCGUGGAUCAAGGCCAAACCUGCUGCAGGAGACACGUUUAGCUGAGAUAUCUGCUGGAAAGAACAAAUGGUGGAGCCUCUCAUGCAGAUGUGCCAGCUGAGGCUCUGAGUACAGCUGGUAACAGCUGCCCCCAGUGUCAUUUCAUUGGUGGUAUGAUGAUGGGAAAUUGCCAAAGAAAAAAAACAGGUCAUGUGGAAUAUUCUUUGUAAAUAGAAAAAAUGAAGGCAAAAGGGAAAGACUCAUCAAUCCCAUGGCUUGUUUUGAUCAUUCUCUGCUCAACAUGCUCCCUCUCCACCCCCUGUGGUUCCUACUCUUCUGCUUAUUGCAGAUGAAUGGUUCUUGCAGAGCAUGGGAGCUCCAGGAGAUGAACAAAUCCCAAUCCUAACUUGAGGGAUCUGUGUGCCUGACUCCCUGCACUGUGUGCAGUUUAUUUUAGUAGACAUGAACAUGAUGCCAAGGGUGUGUUUAUGAGCAAGCACAGAGGCAUUUCAGAGGAGUGACACGUGAUGGGAGCCAUCACUUCAGGGUAUGUGUGCAGCAGCUGACAGUGGGCACUGUGACAGAGCAGAGCCAAGAAUGGGCUGUUGGGCUGGAGUGAACAAGUGCAAAUAAAUCCCUUUUCCAUGCUGCAGCCACUGUGUAUGUUUGGUUUGCACUCUGAUGAACUUCCGAAAGGGAUUUACCGACGUACGGGGCUGUGGCACAGGCCACGACUUCCACAGCACAAGAAGGCCACAAUUCUGCACCAAACUCUGAACCACUGGUGUUUCAGCCCCAAAUGGGAGACCAACCAUCUUUGUGAGAAGGUAUAAACAAUUACAUGAAUAUAGAGAAGUCAGCUUUUGUCUCUGGAUCCCAACUAAGUGUACGUACCAAAGUCAACAUCGAGCUAGGGAGAACAGAAUCAUCAAGGUUUUAACAGUGGGCUUUAAAAUACUCUUUAUACUUCAGGAGGUACAGAAGAUAAAGAAAACUCUGUAAAGAAAUGUAUUUUCUCUGUUGCCUGCACCUAUAUUAGUAAAAGGCACAUUACAUCAGCUUCUUCUGUAUGUAAUGCACUUUAUUUUUUGCCAACAAACCGGAUCUAGGUAUUUGGCAUUUUUGUACUGCUGCACAUUGGAAUAUAUCUGCAGCCAGAGACAUAGUGAAUAAUCUAAGAAUUAUUAGAAAAAUCAAAUUCCUGAAACUACCAGUGUUACUUUUAAAUUAAUAAAAAGAAAAAUUUUACAGUGAAAAAUGAGGAUGUUCUUUAGAAAUAAAUAUUUGAGACACAACAUGACAACUGCCAAGAGCAGACUGCACUAGCAUGAGCUACUGCAUGCAGUUACACUGAGACAACAAAGUGAAAAAAAAAAAACAAACAAGGAAAAAGAGAAAGAAAAAUAAAAAGAAAAAUUUUAUUAGGCUGUCCCAAAGCUUUCACUACCAACCAACAUGUUAGGAGGAAACAAUCUCAAGCACAGCAUCAAUUUAAACAUUCAGAGGUGCAUCACACCAACCUCCUGUCACGUAAGUCUUUGCUCUUUUCACUCACAAACGAGUGCCAAAGUGACAUCAGGAGCCUCAGAAGCUCUUUUGCAAAGUCAGACUCAACAGAUGUUUUUGUAUCUAGAUUAAGUCACGAGACCCAGGGAAGAACAGAGCUCACUUUCUCUCCAGGCUCGUGCUAGACAGUGCCAGCUGCAGACAUGAACAGCAUCCCAUUGAGGGCUGUUCCAGCAGCACGGAGCCAGCCUGUGCAAAGGCAGGGGAAGCUUGGCAGGCUGGACACACUCCAAGGGCUGACAGGUUGCUGUCACUGGGAACAAGCUGCCAGGCCUUAUCUCAACAGGAAAAGCCACAAAUGCAUGUUUUCCAGUGGUGGUACAAGUUAAACCACUGACAGAUACCAGGCAGAGGAACAAGAGAAAUGGCUCCUGUCUUAUCUCGGCCACUGUGAGUUCCUGAAUUAGAAUAAACACAGCACUGUCAAAGAAAGGGAAGGAAAGAAAAACAGGCAAUCCUCUAAAGGAUUCAGGUGGCUUUCUGGAGCAGAGGACCAGCUACCAUGUAGAGGGGGUCAAUUUCUACACACUUGUCUGGACCUCACAGGCUUAAUGUUCUGCUUUGGACUAUUUUGUACCACUGCACUCAGCUGGACUAUUCCUACAGCUGGGAUUCAGACAUGCCAGUUGUUUGCCUGAUCUGCUGCUUUCUUGCAUGCAUUUAGGGUAGCCUGAAAGAUGCCAGCAAGUGUCCAGCUUCCUGCAGCUCUCCAGCUUCUGCUGACUACAAACCUGCUGUCCCUGGGUCCCUGCUCAGCACUCACACAAGCUUUUGUGUUUUGGCUUUGUUCAGUACUCAAGUACAGGCACCUACAGGGAGCAGCAGUGAGGAUGGAUCCUCUUGCAGAGGGAACUUCAGAGGGAACCUCAGAAAAAGCACAGAAUAAGGCAAGGCUGCUGCUAACACAGCAACUGCCAUUCAUAUUGUGAAAGCCUAGGAGGAACUGCACUGGAAUACUGUUACUUUAGCCAUUAUGAUAAAAAGUGUUGAAAUUGUUUCUUUCCCUGAGGAACCUCAAAGAGCCAGCAAGGCCAACCCUUCCAGCAGAAGUGGUUGAAGUUCUACUGAUGACUUCAUGGAAUAGCUUCUGUUCUGUAACAUUAUCCCUCUGGUUUGCUUGACUUGUGAAAAAUAAGUUUCCUUUUACACACAGGCAGUGUCACACACCACACUCCUCAAUCUCCCCUCCCUUCUCUCUCCAGCACCAUCCCUCUGGUCUUCCCCAGUCAGGAGAGUGAUAGAGUUUUACUGCAGCUCACAGCAGUGCAAUGCUCUAGAAUGGGUUUAUUCACCUAAACUAUCACAAUGAAUUUUGGACUGCAGGGCAGUCUUGUUCAGUCUCAUUCCAGUCUCCUACUGGAGCUUGCAACACAGACCCAGUUGGGAUCCAGGAAACACAGCCCUCUUCUCUCCACCACAUCCUGCAGCCUGCCCAGACAGAGGCCACAGUGGGCCUUUGCAAGCCCUGCAACAGCUGUAGGAGUGGAUAAAGCCAUGAAGAGGAAGAAAUGUCUGAGGAACAGCUGAAUUAGGACUUUUUAGUUGGGUUCAAGGCCUUUGAUUUGAUUAGAUUAGCCACACCUUUGCAGGAAUUAAUCAGCUGUUAAUCAUUUACUGCAGCCCAAAGAGGCAACUUCCAGGCUACCUCUACAAGUCUCCAGGUACAGCAAGGGGUCCUCUCACCACAGGCCAAGAUCUCUUGGAGGAGUGAAGAGGAGGCAACAGAGGAAACACCUACUACAAACCACAGCAGCUUCAGCAGGGUGGAAGCCAGCAUGUCACUAGAGCAAGAGGCAUCCUCAGAUCUGCAAGACCUAAAGAGACUGAUUGCAACAAGUGACUGGGCUCUUGGAGGGCUGGUGGUGAUUUGCAUCUUCUGUUUUGUUUUCAUUGCUCUCAUUUUAUUUGCUGUUAUCUUUGGGUGCUGCACAUCUCCAAGGCACAGACAUGGUGGCUCAUAGACAGCCAAGUGGGGACACAGAACUUGGUACAGCUGAGCAAGAACCAGCCUGGGUACAACCUGAUUGUUGUUCACAGAAAACUCUCAUCUCACUCCCUGGUGGUUAUUUCUCUCCAUGCAACUUCCCUGCAUCAAGAGCAACGUCCCAAUGCCAGCAAGUUGUUCUGCAGGCCACAGCAAACUCAAACAUGAGGCUGUCUGGAUUCAGGAACUGCAACACUUGGCAAAUACCAAAGGAAACUCAUCUCUGAUUUUCAUCUUUCAAGCAAAACCACCAGCUAGAGGUGGCAAAUGCCACCACCUAAAGCUGAUAAAGAUGUGUUCUGCUGCUGUGUGUUGGGGGGUUUUUUCAUCUUGCAAAAGGGCAGUAGGAAACUCUGGCCACUGAAAGCUUUGUCUGAACCCACUCUCUAAAAGCAGCUCAGACCAUUGUUCUCCUGUCACACUCAGGCCUAAAUACACUAUGCAAAAAUGUA